ACAUGCACAUUAAUCAUUCAUUAUCCAACAAUAUCAGUGUAACAGGAAAGGAACUUCCAAACCAAAAAUUGUCUUCUUCCUCAAAGCAGUGUGGUAGUCACUCAUUUGAUGGCUUACACAUUGCACUGUCAUGUCUUCUGGGACUGUGUAUAGUAGUUAUUAUAUUCUUUGGCUGGCUAGCUUGGAAGAGAACUAAGCAGUCAUCACACAGUGAGGAAUCUCUUCCAUCAACCAGUUUUGGGCACUGUGGUUUGAGGAUUCUUAUACCUACCUGCAGUUCUUCAGCUUCAGCAGAGAUGAGACCUUUCCUACCAGGCUGCAACUCCUGCAAGCUUAAUGUCAUACCAGAAGACAUUAAACUUGAUAAACUGCCAUAUCAAGUUGGAGACAAACUUAUCGAAAUGUUGGAUGGAAAAAAGCCUCCUAUAAAAAACUGGUGGGAUGUGGCUCGAAGGAUUGAAAUUCCAGAAUCAGAGCUUUAUAAAAUUAAGAGAGAGGAAGAGCGAGAGGCAGGAAGCCCUACAACACAACUGCUAAGUUAUUUAUCUGCAGUGGAGAGAGUUUUAUCUCUUAAGGAAUUUGUUCAAUUUAUUCAUUCCCUUAAACGGCAUGACAUUUGCAGAACCAUUGCUGAAUUUUACCAAAAUCAAAAUAGUACAGAUUGAAUCUUUGUUGCUUAUCCUUCUGUUUGUUCUCAUUCAUGCACAACCAAACAAAAUCUUGCAUAAUGUUCUUUUGUCAUCCAGGGCCCCCAGACAAAUGUAUGUAGCAUACACUAGGUAUACAUUUUGCAUCUUGAUUUUAAAACCCAGUAUGAUACUGAAAGAAACUUUGAGUUACAAAUAUUUUGUAACUCAAAGUUAAUUGAGUUACAAAUACUUUGUGGUGUUCCAUAAGAGGUUUUCAAAAGGACAUAGCUAAGAAGUUCGGAAACAAAUUUGCUUGUGCUAGCCUAGUAAUUAGCAAUGGGAACAAAUACCAUGAAAAUGUGAUACAAUUGUGUGUUUUUCUGUUAAGGCAUGAAAGUAAUGGGAACUUCCAAACAAAGGAACAGGCCUAACUGCAUUCAAAUUGAGUACUUGCAAAAUAAAAAAUAAUAAAAUGCCAACCGAAAAAAAUAUUAAAAAAAAUAAAAUAAAAAAAAUUUGAUAAAGUUAAUAACAAUAAAAAAAAAAAAAGUUAAAAAGUUGAAGAAAAAUUUUACCUAAAACUAUGAACAGCACAUGUCAAGAAGUAUCUGAUACUUUUUAUAAAAUAGACUUACUGGUUGUGCACAUCAAUCUUCUGUAUCUGGAACUACUAGUUGUUUGCCUUAAUCCUUAUUAGGAAAGCUAUUAAGUUACUUUUGAGUUUUAAGUUUUAAUUGCAGCUCGUGAUACAACUGUUUGUUUUGCAUUUGUAUAGCAUAAUGGUAGUUAAGUAAGUUUUUGUACAUUAAGUGGUCAAUGAUGGCAGAAAAUGACAUUUCUUUAUUGACUUUUAUAAUUAUACCUCUUUACCAUGGAACCUUUACUAACCUGUCAACCUCUGUUGGUGGUCACCUUGCCACUCCCUGCUUAAUACAGUAUAUAUGUAAAGUUAUUGUUGAGAUUUGUAUGUUAAUCAUUUAUAGCACAUGAUAGGACACUGUAGUUUUGCAUUUUACUAGGGUAUGUAGUGGCAUUUAACAGUGCAUUUUGUAUCUCACAUUGCGAGUAAAAAAGUUUGCACCAUGUGCAAUUAAGUACUUUUUAAGGAAAAUAGUAAAAUAAUGAAGCCAUUAA